GUCACACAUUGCUUGCAGUGAAUGGGACUGUGCAGCUGGUAGGAUCAGAGCUACUACUGGGGAGGACUGCAGGAGGAGAGCAUGGAGCUGCUGGGAGCACAGGAGGGGUGCUUGUGUCCGUCAUAGGAGGAGGAGGACAGGCGUUGUGCCCAGCAGAGAAAGAGGACUGGCACUGAUCCCAGCACUACUGAAAACUUUACCCCUGAACUGGGCACAAGAGGAGUUGUAGUGAAAGCUGCAGCCAAGAGAAGCAUUCUGUAGAAGCUGUGCUCAUCAGAAGAUCAAAGAUAUUACUGACUGUGCCCAUCAGAAAUUUUACAGACUGUGCCCAUGAGAAAUAUAACAGAUUGUGCCCAUUGGAAGAGCAGAGAUAUUACUGACUGUGCCCAUCAGAAGAGUGGAGAUAUUACUGACUGUGCCCAUCAGAAGAGUGGAGAUAUUACUGACUGUGCCCAUCAGAAAUUUUACAGACUGUGCCCAUCAGAAAUUUUACAGACUGUGCCCAUCGGAAGAGCAGAGAUAUUACUGACUGUGCCUAUCAGAAGAGUGGAGAUAUUACUGACUGUGCCCAUCAGAAGAGUGGAGAUAUUACUGACUGUGCCCAUCAGAAACUUUGAAGACUGUGCCCAUCAGAAGAGUGGAGAUAUUAGACUGUGCCCAUCAGAAGAGUGGAGAUAUUAGACUGUGCCCAUCAGAAAAGUGGAGAUAUUAGAAUGUGCCCAUCAGAAGAGUGGAGAUAUUAGACUGUGCCCAUCAGAAGGACAGAGAUAUUACAGACUGUGCCCCUGUACCCCUCAGAAGAUCAGAGAUAUUACGAACUGUACUCAUCAGAAGAUCAAAGAUAAUACAGACUGUACCCAUCAGAAGACCGGAGAUAUUACAGACCGUGCCCACCAGAAAAACUGAGAUAUUACAGACCGUGCCCAUUAGAGGGGCAGCGAUAUAACAGACUGUGCCCCUGUACCCAUCAGAAGAUCAGAGAUAUUACACACUGUACCCAUCAGAAGAUCAAAGAUUGUAGACGGUACCCAUAAGAAAAGCGGAGAUACUAGUACAGACCAUGCCCAUUAGAAGGGCAGAGAUAUAACAGACUGUGCCCCUGUACCCAUCAGAAGAUUAUAGACUGUACCCAUCAGAAAUAUUAUAGAUUAUGCCCCUGUACCCAUAAGAAGACUGUGGCCCUGUACCUAUCAGGAGAUCAGAGAUAUCACAGACUGUGCCCCUGUACCCAUCAAAAGAUCAGAGAUAUCACAGACUGUGCCCCUGCACCCAGUAGAUAAUGGGCACCAUGGAGUUGCUGCUGGGCUCUGCGGCAGUGGUGGGCUGCACAGUGCUGCUGUGUGAGUUGCUCCGAUGGAUAUUCCGGAGGGCAGUGCCCGCUGGUCUGGGACGGGAUCUGGCAAUGGAAGUGGUGUCCACUCUGCAGCUCUGUUGCUGCACCAGAGAGAAUGUACUCCUGGGCACUAAGGUUACUUUUCAGCUCUGGCAGUCCCUGUCUCUCACCUACCUUUUGACUGUGCUACACUGUGCGACCUCCCAAGGAGCCACCUGUAACCCUUGUGGCAGUUUGGACCAAUGGCUCCGGGGACUGGUGCGGAGUUCACACACCCCUCUCCGUGUCCUGGCGCAGUUUGCGGGCGCUGCACUGUCCCGGGUUCUGAUGCCUCAUUUCUGGUCACUAGGACUAUCACCACUACAUUUGCUGGACAAGGACUGUGAGAGCUUCCUGAAGAUCACCUCCCUGUCUGGGGUUUUGGUGGAGAUGACCUGUUCCCUGAGCCUGUUCCUUAUACUACAUCUGUUGCCCGGGGUCAGUGCCCCUCUCCAACCACACGUUGUGGCUACGGCCAUCACUGUCAUCGUCUAUGAAGGUGGACCACUGACCGGCGCCGUCUUUAACCCUGCCCUCGCCUUCGCAAUUGUGUUCUGGUGUCAUGGGAACACCCACUUGCAGAAUAUCUUUGUUUACUGGAUCGGACCGCUUAUUGGGGCGGCAAUCUCCUUCUUGCUUUUGGAGUACAUUCUUCCAAAAUUCAGACUGACUAAAGUAUCUUCAGAACGGAUGAAAAAGGAUUAGACUACGGCUGGAGUUUGUGCAAUCAAGACCUGAAUGAAUGGCUUUUAUAGGUUUCCUCUUAAUGCCGUGAAGUUUAGGGUACACGUGUUCCUCAACUUUUUUAACAGACUUUGUCUUAUAGCUAGAUUCAGGUAGCUUUACACCGGCGUAUCAGUAGAUACGCCGACGUAACUCUGAAUCUACGCCGUC